AUGCCAUCAUACGUUGCUCCACUUAGGCGUGUAUCUGCUUACAACAACUUUCCAGAUUACGACAAUGCAGACCUUCGACGUCUACAAUAUGACAAUCAGCUUCAUGUGCAGAUCAACGAUCAAGUUGAGGAGGCUGCAGCAGAAUUGUAUCGAUCUGUCACUGACAGGUCGUCAAAAUCUCAGGGCAUAGAUCCCGCUUUCACUGAUUUCGAAGCCUAUGUCAAAUCAAACCACCGUCCUCCUCCUUUGAGCGUUUGCUUCAAAUCACUCACCACAUACGGUCGAGCUAGAGGUCCGGUCAAAGCUAAGACACUAAAGGAGGCUCUAUGGAGGACUUUCACUCUUCGAGAUAUCUACGAGGGAUCCAUCCAGCCGCUUCUUUUUCCUACGAGCAUCGAAGACGGUCAGGCCCUGAUUCGUGACUUUACGGGAAUCGUUCGAAAUGGUGAGAUGAUGCUCGUGCUGGGGAACCCAGGAUCGGGCUGUAGCACCUUCCUACGUACCAUUGCAAAUGACCACGCUUCAUUCCUAGGAGUAAGAGGCCACCUGGACUACUCCGGCAUGGCACCCUCAAAUGUCAUGAAACAUUUCCGAGGAUCCGUCGCCUACAUACCUGAAGAUGACACCCAUUUACCGACCUUGACCGUCCGCCAGACGCUCGACUUUGCUCUCAUGAAUAAGACACCUAGAAAGCUACUUCAUGAAGUGCCGCGAUUUCUUGAAGAAUUCGGGCGCAUCUUUGGGAUGUCUCACGCUAUGGACACACUUGUCGGCGACGACUUCAUUCGAGGAAUUUCUGGUGGCGAACGGAAGAGAGUUUCGAUUCUCGAGUCAAUGGCCUCCGGAUCAUCGGUCAAUGCCUGGGAUGGAACAACACGGGGUCUAGACUCCUCGUCUGCACUUGACUAUAUGAGGUCACUCCGAAUCAUGACUGAUACCUGUGAGAGGGCAAUGGUUGUUUCGAUAUACCAGGCAUCGGACGCUAUGUAUGACCUUGUUGACAAAGUCAUGCUUAUUGAAGACGGUAGAAUGCUUUAUCAGGGACCAGCACGUGAUGCCGAAUCUUACUUUAACUCUCUCGGCUACGAACGACAGCAAAGGCAAACAAUGAGCAGUUUUCUUACCAGUGUAGCCACAUCUAGCAGAGAUAACAUUCGGUCAGGUUGCGAAUCCUGUGCGGUGCGGGGUUCCAAAAAUCUUGAGUACGCUUUUCGGCAGAGCCAGACCUUUAAAGAUAUAGAGACGGAAAUUCGUCUCUACGAAGCCGAGCAAUUGAGUGGGACAGAUAGACUUCGGCCGGCCUCCGAAAGAAGUGCAUCCGAGUCAAUUACGAAUGGUUCGAUCAUUCAGCAACGCGCACAAGAAAGAAAGUCUCGAUUCGUCUCUUCGGGCUCGUCUUACAACACGUCAUUCGCGCGCCAAGUACAGCUAUGUUUACAACGACAGAUAUGGCAGAUGAAAGGACAAAUGGCUACAUUCAUUACAAGAUUCACGUGUAUUUUCGUAUCUGCGUUUCUCAUUGGAUCAAUGUUCUACAAAAUGCCAAACGAUACUGCAGGUGUUUACUCCCGAGGUGGAUUCAGCUUCUAUUCUGCAGUAUUGGUCGCUUGGUUUCAGCUCGCUGAGCUUGAAAGUGCUUUCUCUGAUAGAUUUGUCGUCAAUCGACAGAGAAGAUUCGCCAUGGUGAGACCUGGAGCCGUAGUCAUGGCCAAAACUAUCAUGGAUAUUCCGGUUACAGUCUUCUUGUCAACACUUUAUUCGCUUGUGGCAUAUUUUCUAGGAGGUAUGAAGCGUGAGUCAGGCAAUUUUUUCACAUUCGAUCUGGCGGUUGUGUUGAGUGCUAUGGCGUUCACAGCCAGCUAUCGGCUUUUCGCUGCCGCUUCUCCCCGCUUAGAGAUUGCCUUACGAUACAGCGGAUUGUACCUUUUGGUGUCCAUGAUAUUUGGAGGCUAUGUUCGUGGUGUCGACCAACUCAUUUCUGAUGUCCCCUGGGUAGGCUGGCUUGCUUAUCUGACACCGGCUCUGUACGCUUUCGAGAUCAUCAUGGCAAUGGAAUUUCAUGGACGUCAAUUCCCCUGCGAACAAGGAUCCGUGAUACCUUCCGGACCGGGCUAUGAUAAUGUAGCAUAUCAGAGCUGUGCUUACGAAGGAAUAGGUACUGGGCAACUGACACUCAAUGGUGACGAAUAUCUCAAAGGAACCUUCGGAUUCUAUUAUAGCAACGUUGGUAGGAACUUUGGUAUCCUGAUUCUGUUCUUAAUUGGUUGUGUUACAAUUAACAUACUACUGGCCGAGAAGGUUUUGUGGGCAUCAGCUGGAAGCUCCCUUGAGUUUUCACACAAACCCUGUGAUCGACAGAAGACUGUGCUGAAAGAUGAGGAAAGCGACGGAGACUGCUCUGAGAAGACUGUGCCCCUAGAGCUCCCGAAUGAGACAACGCCACAUCAAAUAUCGCAGGGAACCAUCUCGGCGCCAAAGACCGCAUUCUCAUGGCGUAAUUUGAACUAUACCGUCCAACAUGCUGGUUCUAGCAAACAGCUUUUAGAUGAUGUCUCUGGAUUUUGUGAGCCGGGCUCUUUGACAGCUUUGGUAGGCGUGUCCGGGGCUGGAAAGAGUACUCUCAUGAAUGUCCUAACGCAACAGGCACCAGGACAUGUGACUGGUGCCAUCAAAAUUGGCAGUCAGGACGUCAACACCUCAAUCGUUCGAGACUUAGGUUUCUGUCAACAGGCUGACAUUCACGUCGAAACAGCAACCAUCCGAGAAGCGUUCGAGUUCUCAGCUAUACUCAGGCAAAAUGCCGAUGUAUCAAAAGCCGACAAGCUCGUUUACGUUGAUCAAGUCCUCGAGAUCCUUGGCCUGGCCGAACUGCAACAUGCGCUCAUUCAGUCAGUCAGUCUUGAGCAACGUAAGCGGACCACUAUUGGCGUCGAGCUUUGUUCAAAGCCAGCGAUUGCCCUUUUCCUUGACGAACCGACCAGCGGUCUGGAUAGUCAAGGUGCUCUUAACAUAGUCAAGCUUCUGAGAAGACUCGCAGAAGCAGGCCAGACCAUCAUUUGUACCAUCCACCAAGCUGAUCAACAGCAAUUCGAGCUUUUCGAUCGUGUGCUUGCACUGGCUCGCGGAGGACGACCGUACUAUUUUGGCGACAUUGGCUCGCAUGGUCGAACCGUGAUUGAGUACUUUUCCGCGCACGGUAUCGUGUGCGAACCAGGUAAAAACGUCGCAGAUUUCUUGAUAGAAGUUGCAUCUGGCAAGACUACAAAAGAACUGGAUUUAAGCAAGGUCUGGAGCGAAUCGGCAGAAGCUGAAGCAGUCCUUCGCAAGGUUGACGAAUUGACAACCUCUGGAGCAUCUGAUGGCACUGAGGCUUCAUCAAAGGAGACGAGACGCAGAACACAAGUUACAUAUGCAUCGUCUAUGGCAAGGCAGAUCGUUGAAUUAACAAAACGAACCAUGACACAGUACUGGCGCACGCCGGAUUACAUCUACUCCCGACUUUACUGCUCCUUCUUCCACUCCGUCCUGAAUGGUUUGGCAUUCCUACAGCUGAACAACAGCGUCGCGAGUAUCCAAUAUCGGAUAUUCUCCUGUUUCCUAGUCCUCAUGAUUGUCCCGGAGUUUAUCAACGCGUCUUCGAUGAUGUUUGUCGAGAAUCGCAAUAUCUGGCUUGGCCGAGAGUAUCCUAGCCGCAUAUAUGGCUGGGUAGCUUUCACCUCCGCACAGAUCAUUUCUGAAAUUCCCUGGGCGUUCGCUGGUGGCCUCAUCUUCUACGUACUUUUUUAUUUCCUCGUUGGUCUACCUCUUGGGACUCCGGCUGGGUAUACGUUCCUUAUGAUGAUGAUGUUUCACCUUUUCAGCACUUCCUGGGGUCAGUGGAUUGCAGCACUCAGUGCCGACGCAGUCAUGGCCGCGAACAUCAUGCCCUUCAUUAUCAUAGUUGGCGAAUUUUUCAAUGGUGUUCUGCAGCCACAAUCUCUUAUGCCUGCUGUAUGGGCUUACACACUAUACUAUGUCGGUCCAUUUAUGUAUUGGAUCUCCGGCGUGGUUGCAAUGAUCCUGGGCGAUCUGACCAUACACUGCAUGGACUCUGAACUCAUCCGCUUUCAAGCGCCUCCUGGAGAUACAUGCGCAACCUACGCACAGGCAUGGUUGGAUGGCACGACGGGAUAUCUAGUCAAUCCGAACGCUACUCAAGAUUGCGGGUAUUGUCAGUACUCGAAGGGCGAGGAUUAUCUCGUCACCAGGCAAAUUUCCGUUUCGAAUGCUUGGAGAAAUCUGGGCAUCUUUGCAUUGUUCUGCGUAUCGAAUUAUCUGUCAGUGUAUCUUUGGGUCUACGUCAAGUCGGUCAAGAACUGGCUUCCGUGGUAA